AUGGACCCCGCGGGUAUGGCCACGCCGGUGUCUGUACAGCCCCCGCGAGCAGCAGCUGCUGCUGCCGCAGUGCGGCGUUUGGGCAGCCCUAGCCCGCUGUAUGCAGUAUCCCUCUCCGUGGCUCUGUCUCGGCUCCUUCGGGUGAAACUCGCCGGCAGAACCGAUGCUGACGGCGAAGAGGGCGGCUGCGAGGUCCCCAUCGAGCACCCAAGCAGCAAAAGUGAAGAUGUUGCUCCUCCUGAAGGGGCUUUUCGGGGAUCAGCGGCAAGCCAGACGAGCAGCGCUGCUCAUAGCGUCGGCGGGGAUCUCGCGGAUACCGUCAAGGAGGCACAGGCACGAUCGAAGCCGCUGCUGACAGGCCACUUUGUUGUGCAAGUGCGCGCGCACUUCGAGAGGGCCCUCCUCGCGUGUGACGCCGACGCCACAGAGGGAGAAGAAGCUGAUACAGCCGACACAGCCAACGCGCGAGAGCUUCCUGAGGAAGAGGAGCAGCUGAGAUACCGUGAGGCCCUUACGGAGGCAGCGCUGCUUUGGAGCCUCGUGCUGCUCCUAGCGGCGGAACCAGCGCUGCUUGCGGCACGCGCAGAGGCAAGUAGCGAGCAGGGGUCUUCACCAGCUCUGCAUGCGCUUGCAUGCAGCUCGCCGCCGCAUUUCCGUGGUGGUGGCGUGAAGACAGCGAGCAGCACGGAGGCGGCGAUCGACGGAUCCUCCCGCGCAGACGUAGACGUAGACACCGUGAUGCGAGAGGCCCUUGCUGCUCUGGAGAUGAUCCUUCGCGUUUCGCCCCCAGCAGCCGCGCGCAUGUUGCCUGCAGUUCUUGAAUGGCUCGAUGCAGCUUUGGACUUCGGCGAUCGCAGAGAGUCGCCCCCUUUGCAGGAGGCACACCACGGAAGAGACAACUCGGAAGUGCGAUGCCUCUCUGGGGAGGCGCCCUCUUGGGAGGCUUCCACCGUCCUUCCGAAAGGCCCCCCGUUGGAAGAUGCUUUCGCCAGCCUCGGUGCAAGCAAGCCUCCGUCCACACGGUUCUGCUGCGUUCUUGGCGAAUCGCUCUCCUUGCCCCCCCCCUUAGGCCCUCUGCGCAGACGCAUGCAGCACCUUCAGCGCGUGCGUCUGCUGUCGCUUCUCCUGCGUUUUCCAAGAGUCCUUCGCGCGUCUGCGCGGCUCCUCGCCGUCUGCGCAGAGCACACCCCAACCGUCGAGAAAGGGGCUUCUGAACAAGCACCAGCUUCCCCCAGUCUACGCGGCACAACACCAGAAGUCGAAGGCGAGGGUGGGGAGAUUCCCAAGGCAGCCACUGAAUUGCAGGCGAACGCUCAGAGACGCAUCUGCUCGCACCAGGCAAAAGCCCUGUGCGCUGCGCUUCGCGACUUGGCAGAAGUGCUCUUUCCGGGAGCCGAAAAAGUUGGGGCUUUGGCAGCGAGUCACACCCGCUACGAUGCAUGCAACGGCUGCAGCAAGGCGACGGAAGAGCUGCUCGUUGCAGCAUUGCUGCCCCCCCAAAUCCGCUGGUCACCAGGGAGGGAAGUUGCUUCUCCUGCCUCAGAGAGCCUCACGAAAAUCGCCGAUUCUUCGCGCUCAAACAAAAUUCUUACAGCCGCAUACACCUGGACCGCUGCUGCGAAAUCGGGUGCGGGGGCCCCCGAAGACGCCCCGAGAAAGGCAGCUCUUCAUCUGCUUGCCAGCAUAAAGGGUCUCCUUUUGUCCUUUGCACUACGCAUCGAGGGUUCUCCAAGGUGCCGCGAGACUUUCGGGGCUGCUGCUGCGGCUGCGGAUAUGUCUGUUGUCAAUCAAGCGCAAGCCCUGCUGAAGCAGAUGAGCGAAUUCUUCAACUUGGCAACAGACUGGCCAUCAACAGUGCCUCUCUUGGAAGUGACACCGGUUCUCUAUGUCCACGCGGUAACAGGCUUGUGCUCUCGCGCGCUUACUGCCAAGCAUCUCCCCAAGGCGUAUCAGGUGAACUCGGCUCUUGCGGAUUCGCGUUGUCUGCUCUCCGCUGGCGCAGCCUCGGCAGUCGCUCAAAUUCAGCUCGAGGAACGUGGUGGCGUAAGAGCGGAUCAUCGUUGCCCUCUAACUGGACGAUUGCAGCUGCCUCAAGGGCUCCCUGAUGAGCAGCUCGUUGAGCGUCUUCCCCAGCUUCCGGGAGACAGGCCGCAUGCUAGUUACCCUCCGGCUGAAAAAGGUUUCCUGGCGUAUCUAAGUGAUGAAGGCGCCUUUCGCAUGGCUAUUCAGGUGGCCCGAAUGUUGAUCGCUCUCCUGGAGGACGAUGAACGCAUGUUCGGCCUUAUCGUUCCACCGCUUCUCCGGAUUUUAGACAUUCCACAGGCGGAAGUUCGCUUCUUGGGCUGGCAAUGUCUGAAUGCGUUCAUAAGCAACUGCCGGUCCGGUGGACUGACUAACUUUCGGCUGCCGAUCCUUCAGGUGCUGAUGGAUGGUUUUCCGAUCUUCACCGAGCUUGACAUCUGCUUCGAUGUCUAUCUGGAGGCAUUUACAACGGUUGUUUGUCGAACGUCUGUUGGCGAGUGUGAUCACGCUUUUUUGAACUGCCAGGAUUUUCUGAUUGACAUGUGCCAUGCAAUUUUACAUAACGGAGACAACGUUCGGUCCGUGUUUUUGAGGCGGACGCGGCCCCUUGUAACAUUUGCCGGCCAUUUGAUCAAUCUAAGGCUAUAUGACUGGAUGGAUGUCUGCCUAGAAGCGCUGGAAAGCCUCUCAGUUAGCGUCGUGAUAGAGGGAUUGCUAACUCUCGAACAGCUCCUUGCUCUCGGAAUUGACAUGGACGAGUUUAUGCCACAAAUACUUUGCCGUCUGGCCACCUCCGCCCAAGUUGCUGACGCUGAAUUUACGUCCCAAGGCAUAUACAGGAUUCUAUGGCUGUUGUCACGCGUCCUCAUGCCAGAUGUGAGGCUCAACGCUGUGCUAGCCUUGUCUACUAGUGGUUGGAUAUGCCCUGUGCAGGGAGUUGAAGAGAGCUGUAGUCUCAGUCACACAUCGAAUGGUACGCUCAGCGGACAAAGCACUCCUCUCGACGCUUAG